AAAAAGGUUCCGUUUCCGCUUCCGGGGUCAACCAUAUUCCUCAUCAACAGCUCAAAAUGUUGACCCGACUGUCGCGGUUCGGGCUGGCGCUGCCCCGGGCGCUCCCCGGGCCGCCUGCGCGGUUCGUCUCCCAGUCCAAGCCGACCGGUGCCGCCGGCUCGCCCGCCGUGACGGAGCUGCACCCCGCGGCGAGCACGGGCGGACACGGGGAGGUCAGCCCCUACGUCAAGAAUCCAGAAUACCAUGGCUUCUCCAGUGACCCCGUGGUGGAUGAGUGGAACAUGAGGGUGGGCUUCUUCUUCGGCAUCUCAGUGGCUCUUGUUCUCGGAGCAACGUUUAUCCACUACUUACCAGACCAUGGAAUGCGGCAGUGGGCCAGGAGGGAGGCAGAGCGUGUGAUCAAGCAGAGGGAGGCCGAGGGUCUUCCCGUCCUAGGGGAGAACUACUACGACCCUAACAAGAUUAUCCUGCCCUCAGCUGCCAGAGAGGAGUAGUAGAGUCUGCCAACUGUGUUUCAUGAUUAUUGUGUUCCUCUAUAAUAAAUAAUGUACUUGGUGAAUUGUGUAA